UUUACUGAGGGACUGGGGGAGCGGCGAGGUCCGGAGUCCCGGGUGGAGGACCAGGGCUUCUCCAGGAGGGCGUGAAAACUCCCUUCAUCCACAGGUGCCGAGAGAGGUGUCCUGAGGAAGUGAGCAGUCCACAGCGCUGUGGCCUGAGCUGCAGCCCGGCGGCUAUAGAACGCCCAGGAUGUGUUGAUCUUCAGUGCUGUGAAGGUGGACUUGGUGCAGGAGGAAUGUGAAGGCCUAGACCUUGCUCACAGGGCUUUUACAGAGAUCUCCAGUUGGAGAAGUGCAGCAGUCUUCUAGGUCUCACACUCCUCAGCCAAUCCUUCCCACCUCUGAAGCAGAGCAAAGAGCCCUGGAUGGUGAAGAGAGGAAACUGUAGAAAAGGAUCCAGAAGAGUUCCAGUCUUUGUUCCUGAGACAGAAACCCAGAAAGGAGCAACAGGAAAAAUGGCUGCUUCUUUGAUAGAUAUGCCCCAGGAUCUAUUAACAUUCAGAAAUGUGAUUGUGGACUUCUCCCAGGAGGAAUGGGAAUAUCUCAACUCCUCUCAAAGAGCUCUGUACAUGGAUGUGAUGUGGGAGAAUUACAGCAAUCUAGUUUUUGUAGAAAACCAUUGCAUAUGUGGUAAAUAUGAAGAGAUUGUGGAUCAAUGCUCAAACCAUAUUAUUUAUCAGCAUGCAAAUAUCAAAGAGAAGUCUUACAAAUAUCAUGAGCUUGGUGAAAUGCUUUAUGAAUCAUCCCAAAGCAUACCUUAUAAUACAAGUGAUACUACAGAAAACUGCAAGAUAUAUGGGAGUGAUAACCAAUGGGAUCCUUGUAAUAAAUCAUUAAACCUAAAGGCAUAUAAAAGUAAGAACACUGAAGAAGAACAAUACAAAGAUUAUAAGGAGUAUUUAAAUUUGUGUUCCAGCAUUGGCCCAUAUCCGCAAAUCGACAUUGGAAAGAAAGACCACAAAAUUACAGAGUAUGAUAAAUUUUUUGACUCUAAACAUAAAUUCAUGACAAAACGAAUGUGUAGUGGAGAGAAACCUUACCAAUGCAGAAAAUGUGGAAAAUGCUUCAGGGCCUAUUCAAGUCUCUACAGGCAUCGGAAAACUCAUCCUGGAGAGAAACCCUAUAAACUUACAGAAUGCAAUAAGUCCAUUUUGUAUUUGUCACACCACAAAGUACAUUAUAAUAUCCAUUAUGGAGAAAAACCCUACAAGUGUAUAGAAUGUGGUAAGUGGUAUUAUCAUUCAUUAGGCUUUGAAAGACAUUAUAGAAUUCACACUCAAGAAGAGAUUUACAAAUGUAAUGAUUGUAGAAAAUCCUUUAUCUGCUGCUUAGGUCUUAAAAAACACCAUAAAAUUCAUAGAGGAGAGAGGUCUUUUGAAUGUAAACAAUGUAGUAAAUCCUUCUAUACAUUAUCACACCUUGAAAACCAUUACAGAAUCCACCGUAGACAAAAACUUCACAGAUGUAAUGAAUGUGGCAAAUCCCUUUCCUCCUCCUCGGGUCUUCAGAGACAUCAGAGAAUUCAUAGAGGAGAGAAAGCAUAUAUAUGUGGUGAAUGUGACAAGUGCUUCAUUCAGAAAUCCCAACUUACAACACAUCAGAGAAUUCAUACGGGAGAGAAAAGUUACAAAUGUAGUGAAUGCGAGAAAUCCUUUACUGUCGGCUCAUCUCUUAGAAUACAUCAAAGAAUUCAUACUGGAGAGAAACCUUACAAAUGCAGUGAAUGUCACAAGUGCUUCAUUCAGCAAGCCCACCUUAGAAGACAUCAGAAAAUUCAUACAGGAGAGAAACCUUACAAAUGUAGUGAAUGUGACAAAUCCUUUACAGUCGUCUCAGAUCUUAGAAUGCAUCAGAAAAUUCAUACUGGAGAGAAACCUUACAAAUGUAAUGACUGUGAUAAAUGCUUUAUCCAGAAAGCAAAGCUUAAAAAACAUCAAAGAAUUCAUACAGGGGAGAAACCUUACAAAUGUAGUGAAUGUGAGAAAUGUUUUACUGUUGUCUCAGAUCUUAGAACACAUCAGAAAAUUCAUACUGGAGAGAAACCUUACAAAUGCAGUGAAUGUGACAAAUGUUUUAUUCGGAAAGCCAACCUUAGAAGACAUCACAGAAUUCAUACAGGAGAAAAACCUUACAAAUGUAGUGACUGUGGCAAAUGCUUUAUCCAGAAAGCCAAUCUAAGAACUCAUGAGAGAAUUCAUACUGGAGAGAAACCUUACAAAUGUGAAUGUGGGAAAUCCUUUACAGUUGGCUCAGAUCUUAGGAAGCAUCAGAAAUGUCAUACUGGAGAAAAACCUUACAAAUGCAGUGAAUGUCACAAGUGCUUUAUCAGGAAAGCCCACCUUAGAAGACAUCAAAGAAUUCAUACAGGAGAGAAACCUUACAAAUGUAGUGACUGUGGAAAAUGCUUUAUCCAGAAAGCCAAUCUAAGAACUCAUCAGAAAAUCCAUACAGGAGAGAAACCUUACAAAUGUAGUGAAUGUGACAAAUGCUUUAUCCAGAAAGAUCACCUUAGAACACAUCAGAGACUUCAUACAGGAGAGAAACCUUACAAAUGUAGUGAAUGUGACAAAUCCUUUACUGGUGGCUCAGUUCUUAGAAAACAUCAGAAAAUUCAUACUGCAAGAAGCCUUACCAGUGCAAUGAAUUUGACUAAUCCUUUGUCCAAGAAACCUACCUUAGAACUCAUCAAAGAAUUUAUACAGGAGAGUAGCCUUAUAAAUGCAAUGUAUAUAGCACAGUCUUUACCUGCCUCUCAUGUCUAAGAAAACAUCAGAAAAUUCAUAUAGGAAACAAAAGUUUCUAUAGUAAAUAGUAUGGCUUAUGCUUUAUACAAGAUCUGUAGUAAUAGACCACUACAGGUUUCACUCUAGAGAAUCACAAACAUGAAAAACUUGAGAACACCUUUGAAUAAUAUUCAAAUGUUAGGAAAAAAUCAACACUUUAUACUGAGGGAAAGGGCUGCAAAUGUGACAUUGCAGGAAUAUUUUUGUUAAAAUAUUUUUUUUCAAACUCAAAUACUUCACAAUGACAACAAAAUGGAGAAGCCUGAAGAAUGUUCUGUUGUGUAGCAGGUUUUGUUUUGUUUUAUUUAGUUUUGUUGUUUUGAAACUGAAACAUUCCAUUCUAUAAGGGAGCUGAAUAAGACAGGAAAUAAAAAACUUAAAACAUCUUUAGAGAGCACAUGAAACUAAUAGGAUUCACUGAGCUUGCUUCUAAGCUCAUACCAGUCUUGCUGAUUAGAAGACAUUUGAUGUAUUGAGCCAGUAAGAUAUGAUGCCUUUUAACCUGUAGAUAUGCAUACAGGUGUGUAGUGUGCUCUGGCUAUCCAGUGUUCAUAAGCUGUAUUUCAUGCUGACUUGGAGUUUCAUGUUGCAACUGUCUUUGCUUCUAUAAGCAGCUCCAUUCUCUUAUUUAUGUAAGUAACCCCAAUAAAGCCCAUUGGUUCAACAAGAUGGAUCUCAGUGGCAAGCCUACUUGGUUUUGUUAUGAAUUCCUAUUUUAGCUGAGUGGAUGCCUAUGAAUGUUGUGGCUUGCCAGGAAAAGUUUCUCAUACAAAAUAUACUGAACCCAUUAAUUUUUCCUCAAAACUUGUAUGCCAAAAAAUCAAUAUUAGAGAGGAAACAUUUGAUUAAAGUACAGAAGUUCUUUGUGGUUACUGUUCCAGGCUUCAACACUGCAUGUAGAGGCUUAGGGAGCCUAAGAAAGAAGGCUACUCUCUUCCUUGUAUUCAUGGAGGAGAGUGAGAAGUCCUUGGUGAGACAAAUGAAACUAUGGCUACAAACCUGUGUAACUGAUAAACAACAUCCAAACUGGGCUGUUUCCAUGCAUGAUUCUGAACUCAUAGUUCAGUCCAACUCCAAUGACCCUCAGAACACCACUGUCCGUGAGCAAAUACAAAACAACAAAAACACCACAUUAUGCUAUUCUAAUAUACUGUUGAGCUUUAAAAAAUACAACUCUACAAGCCUCAUCAAAUGAAUUGAAUUCCGUUUGUUAAAUCCUUUUCAAAGCUAAAAUUGUAAACUUAGCAGAAGUCAGAAAACUUAGCAUGAAAUAAAGCCAAGGAAAAUGCUUUAACAAAGACUUGAAUUCACCUUAGUUUUAUAUAUAAGUCCUUCCAUACAAAUAUCAAGAGACUAUGAAUCUUUAAAGAGGUAACCUAUGAAUAAGGAAAGACACACGUGCUCAAACAAUUUAGAUAUCCCCAAUGGUAUGCUGGAAGAUCAUUUUGAAAUACUGAAGAUGAUGAAGUAUUUAGUCUUAUUCCAAAGUACUAUAUUAGAACUUAGAGACUAAAACCAGUAAGACUCAGAAAUUUUAGACCUUGGAAAGUGCAGUGUUUACAAUAAACAAAACCAUAUCAAUGCCUAGGUGUUUUAUGGGUUUCAGUACAAUUAUUUGAGAACAUUUUGUUCUCAGUAAAAUAUUGUCAUGCUAAUCAAUCAGUUCCAUGCUAGCCCUUGAGUUUUGACUUAUGUUUAAUUAGAAAAGUGGAACUCAAGUUAUACUAACUGAAAAUAGUUUCUGUAUUCUGACGCUGCAUGGCAAUUGGUGAAUCUUUUGUAGAAUCCUCUAUUUUGUUUUCUCUUCAUCUGCAAAGUAGAGUACCCUGUUAGAAAUUCAGGAGCUUUCUGAAGAAUCUUUCUUGUAUGCUCGCCUCACUGAUAAACCAAACCUAUAAGCCUGUGAAGAGUAAAACCAAGGUCUGAAAGGUAGAAAAAAAUCGAUACUAUUUUUGGAGGAAUUGAGUUCAUAGUAGUGAGGGGUUCAAGGGGCAGUGGAAAUUACACGGGGACGGAGCUGAAAAGAUGCCACAAUAAUUGAGUGUUCUUAACAAGUCCAUAGGUUCAGUUCUCAGCACCUGCAUAACUUCAGGUCUAAAGAUUUGAUGCCUUGUUCCAAAUCUCAGUAUACAUCAUGCAGAAAAACAGGGGACAUACACACCCAUAUGAUAAGAUAAGAUAUAAAAUCUAACAUGUAAAUGGGAAAUGAGAUGUGACUUACCAUAUUGUCUAUCUAGAAAUGAUUGUGGGAUAUUCUACCAUAAAUAAUAUCAAACUAUCUUAUUGUAUACCAAA